UUUUAAGAUAAAUGUGCUGAUUAAAAUUGUUUAACAUAAAAGGAGUAAAUCACCGACUUGCAGUCGUGAUAUUUUUUCAGGACACUCAAUAUUUUCCGCUGCGAUGGACACUGUCGAUCCGUCACGAGUCGAUGGUUCUGCCCACUGGGAAGAUCCCAGUGAAAAACAGUCAUUUGACGAGGCAUUUUACUGAAAACUGGGCGGUUUGAUGCACAGACACCGGGUAUGUGUUGUUUCUGAAGCGUGUUUGAUGUUAGUGAUUAUUGACCGGUGAGCGGCGGCUGUCCUCACUCAAACGCCCGCCGGUUGACGCUCCGAGAGCCGCCCGUGAAGAGCACCAGGAUGAGCGUGGAGGUUCCGGCGGGUCUGACCGACCUGCUGAAGGGAUACACGCUGGAGGUGCUGAAGCAGAGGCCCGCGGACCUGCUGGAGUUCGCGGUGCAGUACUUCACCUGUCUGAGGGAGCGGCGGAGCUCCACCCGCGGCAGCAGCAGCCGCUCCCCGGUGACCCGCGGCGUCGCCUUCGACCAGGACUCCGCGCCGACCGACUCCAGCGAGGAGCAAGAGGAAGAGGAGAAGGUGGAGGAGGAGGAGAGGGUGGAGGAGGAGGAAGAGGAGGAGGAAGAUGAAGAUGACUUUCCAGAUGAUUUCACUUUCAAAGCUCCUCCUCCCAGUAAAUGCAACAGACGGGUAUCAGUGUGUGCGGAGGCUUAUAACCCUGAUGAAGAUGAAGACGAGGGCAGCGAGUCGCGGGUGAUUCACCAUAAAUCGGAGGCACAGCGUCAGCGUCUGCAGGAGGCCUGCAAGGACAUACUGCUGUUCAAGACGCUGGAGCAGGAUCAGUUUGCAGAGGUGUUAGACAGCAUGUUUGAGGUGCUGGUCAAACCACACGAGUGCAUCAUCAAUCAGGGGGACGAUGGCGAUAACUUCUACGUCAUCGAGAGGGGUGUUUUUGAUAUCCUGAUCCAGAAGGACGGCGUCAGCCUCUGUGUGGGCUGCUAUGAUAAUAAAGGCAGCUUCGGUGAACUCGCCCUCAUGUACAACACGCCGCGCGCCGCCACCAUCAGGGCCGCUCAGGAGGGGGCGCUCUGGGCGCUGGACAGAGCCACGUUCCACAGACUCAUAGUGAAGAACAAUGCCAAGAAGAGGAAGAUGUACGAGCGCUUCAUCGAGAGCGUGCCGCUGCUGAAGUCGCUGCAGCUCUCCGAGCGCAUGAAGAUCGUGGACGUCCUGGGGAUGAAGAGCUUCAGAGACGGAGAGCUGAUCAUACGGCAGGGCGAUUCGGCCGACUGCUUCUACAUCGUGGAGUCUGGAGAAGUCCGGAUCAUGAUCAAGAGCAGAACUAACGCAGGUCAGAGGUCAAACCAGGAGGUGGAGGUGGCGCGCUGCACGCGGGGCCAGUACUUCGGCGAGCUGGCGCUGGUCACCAAUAAACCCCGGGCGGCGUCAGUGUACGCGGCAGGAGACACCAAGUGUUUAGUGAUCGACGUGCAGGCGUUCGAGCGUCUGUUGGGUUCCUGUAAGCAGAUCCUGAAGAGGAACAUCUCGCAGUACGAGCAGCAGCUGGUGGCCGUGUUCGGAUCCAGCAUCGACCUCAAACACUGACCUUCACCAGCCUUCAGUUCUUUACAGUUCAGUUACGCUCGAUGUGCAGCAUGCUCUCGAUUACCACAGAAAAUACAGCACAUUUAUAUAUUCUUCACUUCUCACUUCUCACAUACAAGCAUCUGCAAAUGAUGCAGCUAAUAGUUCAACUCAUGAUCCUGUAAGUCCCGUAAACAGUAAGAGACGCAACAAUAAAGCUGUUUACAUGGAUCAAACCCUGAAGAAACACCACCAGACGUUCAUCUUCUUAAUUAGAAGCGCUUCAGCAGAAACACUUCACAUUUGUACUCUUCAAUCUGUAAAAUCUCAGAUUUCCAGUUUACAAAAGCAGAAAUCACGUUUGCAGACGGAGACGUUAUUUUCUGUAGUAACAGACAUGAGGUACACAGAAUUCUAGGAGGAGGUCCACUAAAUUCUAGUGGUCUGGGGAUCCCCUGCUGAUUAUUAUUAUUAUUAUUAGCUUAACUGCUUUUAAUUGGCUUUUUUUUUCGUUUAGACAGAAAAUGACAUAUACAGCAAGAUAAUGCAAACAUAAUUUCACUCACCUGUCACUUGAAGCAAACAUCCAUCCCUCCUUAAAGGUCUGUGUUAAAAGAGCGCGUUGGGCCAUUUAGUAAAGCUGGCUGCUGUAGCCUAUAUGUGCAACUUAUGCGUGGAGUCUUCCUUCAUUUUUAAUUUGUAGAAACUGUUUGAAUGAUAGCUUGGUAAAUUAGUUGGCGAUUGAAUAGUCAAUAUCACUACUCUCCAUAAUUAUAAUACUUGGUAGAUUAUCAGCACAGCGGUAGCAGCUCAAAACUAAUAUCACAUUAUUCACGAAAUUUACGUCCCUGCGAUCAUUGGUUGAUAAACCAAGAGAGGCUAGCCUUUUUUUUUCAACUCUCCUAAGCGCUG